AGCCUUAAAAUACUUCUCAAACCUUCCCCUUCUUGAGACGAAUCCAACGGUGAAAGAAUCGUAGAAAACGGUCGUGAAACGAGAGAGAUAUCGCUCGCCGGAGUUGCAAGUUGUGGAAGCGGGUCUUUAUAAAAAGCAGAUAUUUUGCCAUAGAUAGGGGUGGAGGAGCUUCGUCUCGACGCAAGGAUCAUUUUGCAACUUGAAUCGUCGAAAUCCGUUAUCUGUGUUGAGUUGGUCCCGUUGAAGUUGAUUUCGAGAGAGAGCUUCCGCUAGAAAACAUUAUUAGUAAAUCAUUGUAAAUUUUUUUUCAAUAACUUUAAUCAAUGAGCUUUUGAUUUUGAAGUUUAAGUUGUUUUAGCCUGUGCACUCGGUUAAGAGAGAACCGAGUGUGGCGGUAGCACCCCUAUUUCCCUUUGAAUUUUCCGCUGCACAUUUUGUGAUGUUUUCAAAUAAAGUUAAUAAUAUUUUCCAAUAAAUCAUUAUUUAAAUGUAUUUUUGGGUGGGAAAUUUGGGGGUGUUACAUCGUCGCCAUAGCCUCUGCGGACAGGGUAGACAGACCGCCGCUCCCGCCGUCCUCGCCCAUGUCUUCUCCCUACGCCUCACCUCCGCCAGCUGCCAAGGUCGCAGCCAUGGCAAUUCCACCGCUGUCGCCACCCUAUUUUGGGCUAGGGUGAAUCGUCUUCUUCUUCUUCGUUGUGGCGGUGGCGGCGUAGGGUGAAUGUCUUCUCCUUCUUUGCUGCACGAUACCUUCUUUGUCUUGUUUGCUAGCUUCGUCGAUCUCAAUCUGCCACCCUAUUUCAGAUCUAGUGGUGUUGGGGCUGUUGGGGCUCGAGCGAGGCAGGAAGGUGGUUGUGUGGGCUGCUGCAAGUCGUUAGGCGGCACUGGGGUCACGUUGUGCAGCGGCAACGUAGUGGUGGAAUGCAGUGGCGUGGCGAUGGUGGUGGAAUGUGGUGCUGGCGUGGAAACUUCUCGGAGGACGGUGGUCGGAGUAAUUGUAUGUCACUGCGGAGUUGUUACUACAGAGAUGUCACCACAGAUUUGUCACUGUGGAUAGCAGUGUUGGCCGGAUGAUGGAGAUGUCACUGUGGUCAAAGUUUGGGGCAGAGAUGUCACUACGGAGUUGUCACUGCAGAGUUGUCACUGCGGAUGUUUCACUGUGGCCGGCAGCGGCAACCUGCGGCAGUGACACAGGUGAUGGCGGAGAUGUCACUGCUUCGGAAAUGUCACUGUGGAAAUGUAACUUUGCAUUAGUCACUUUUUGUCUUAAUGUAAAUAUGGUCACUUUUUUGGAAAUUAGAUUUAAUUUAGUAAUAUUAAG